AUCAAAAGAACAUAUGGCUAACUUUAUUCUUUAGUCCUUUGAGUUUAUUCAGUAUAACCAAAACGAGCAAAAAUAUACUAUUGUUGACGAAAAUGCUAAGGUAAAAAAAGACAGAUAUAUAAACAUAAAAGAGAGAGGACUCAUAGCUGUUAUAUAUAGCGUCAACAACAAAACAGAUUUAUGAAGGCAUUGGCUACUCAACGUCUAAUGGAACAAGUAUCUUCUUUAGAAAAGAAUGUAAAUCGUAUAGCCAACAACAACAAUAACAGACAAGAUACGCCCAAGGACGUGUAUACCUGCGUUGUAGACAUUACCGCCUUCUUGGACGCAUUGCCAAAAGUUAAAAAAUGGGCCAAUCAGUCUGUUGGGCAGAGUGUGCUGGAGGUCAUCGUGCCUCUUGAAGUCAUUGAUUUAUUAGAUGGCUACAAAAAGGGUAACUCACACAUGAACGUACAAGCAAGAGAAUCUAUCCGUUUCUUGGAUCAAAAAUUACUCGAGACAAAAAUAAAAGAAUUAACGACGGCAUCCUAUCUUCGCACGCAAAAGGUGAGUGAGAAGUUAUCAGAGUGGAACCAAGCUGGAGAGUAUUGGAUUGGAGAAGGGAUGACAUCAAAAAGACUCGACGAACUACUUCCCUCUGAACAAGAAGAAAGCAGUGAUGAUGAUGAUGAUGAAGAAGAAGAAGACGAUGAUGAUACAGCGUCCAUUGCAAGCAGUUCUAGUAGCAUAUUGAUUACUACAAGAAGAAGAGCCAGAGAUGAAGAGUCUGAUGUAGAUUAUUCCGAUGAAGAGGAUGCUUAUAGUGAAGUAUAUGAAUAUGAAGAACUAAAUAAUGAAGAAGCUCUUGGUUCUGCUGGCCACGAUGACGAUGAGCACAGGGAAGCUAGUACAUUUGAUGAUGUACCAAUCAAGUACAGACCUCUCCUAAGCUGCUUAUUAUUCUAUCAUAAGAAACAGCAAGAAGUAAACCCGGAAGAGCCUGAGCGACUUGUUUUCGUGACAAAUGAUGAAGAGUUAGCUUAUUGGGUCGAACUAUUUGGUGAUCCCAAGACGGGUAAAAGACUGUUUGUGAAGACAGUUGACGAAUGGGACCACAUGGUUGCUAAACUCGAUUUCGAAAAGUCUUUUGAAUACAAUUGGAAACAUCGAUAAAUAAAAGAAGCAUAUGUGUUAAGAUUAUCUUUGCUUUUUUAUUUCAAAAAGACUUGUUUAUUGCUUCUUGGCAGCAGCCUUAACAGCGGGAGCAACAGCGAAACGACGCUAUAAACACAAUUAGCUAUACGCUCUCUCCUUGUUGCAGAAAAGUCAUCUUACCUUGUUUUGCAACUUUCUCAACUUGAAACGGUCAAAGUCAGACAAAGAAG